ACCGACGUGUCACCAAAUCCAGACCGUCCAUUUCAACAAGCGUCUAUUGCUUCAACUCCAAACACUCCUUCAAGAGAGACUACACAAGCGUGAUGAUUGUACCUACCGGAGUCGGAGCCGCCAUCGGUGGAUACGCCGGAGACGCCUUGCCGGUGGCUCGCGCUCUCUCCUCCGUCGUCGAUUGCCUCAUCACUCAUCCCAAUGUGCUGAAUGCAGCAAUGCUGUAUUGGCCUAUGCCUAAUGCUUUGUAUGUCGAAGGCUUUGCUCUCGAUCGAUUUGCCGAAGGCGUAUGGGCUCUCAAGCCUGUUCACCAGAACAAGGUCGGGUUGGUUCUUGAUUGUGGAAUAGAAGAGGAGCUUCGCCUUCGUCAUUUGCAAGUGGCUGAUGCUGCAAGGGCUUCCCUUGGCUUGCCUGUGGUGGAAUAUGUUGUCACUGACACUCCUUUGCAGGUAGAAAAGUGGAUUGAUCCAAAAAGUGGGCAGUCAACAGGGAGGAUUAAGCACCCUGAGUCACUACUGAGGGCUGUGCAGGCUUUAAUCAAACGCUCACAAGUAAAUGCCGUCGCAGUUGUUGGACGUUUCCCGGAUGAUGAUUUUGAAGACACUGAUGAUUAUCGACAAGGGAUGGGUAUUGAUCUAUUAGCGGGAGUCGAGGCAGUUAUAAGCCAUCUAGUAGUGAAAGAAUUCCAAAUUCCUUGUGCACAUGCUCCUGCUUUAUUACCCGUACCUCUGAGCCCAUCUUUAUGCCCAAAAUCAGCUGCUGAGGAGUUGGGAUACACAUUCCUGCCUUGUGUGCUUGCUGGUCUUAGUAAUGCACCACAGUACUUGGUCAAGAACUCUGAGUCCGAGCAUGGUUGUGUACUGGCAAGUGAUGUUGAUAGUGUCAUCCUGCCUAUAGAUGCUUGUGCAGGACCUGGUGCUCUUGCUUUUGCACAAAGCAAAGCCAAUAAGCCCCUUAUAAUUGUUGUGGAGGAAAAUGAAACAGUCCUUGAUGACACACCUGAUAAAGUUGGCAUUGAAGCAAUCAAGGUCUCAAACUAUUGGGAAGCAAUUGGUGUUAUUGCAGCUCACAAGGCUGGAGUAAAUCCACAGUCACUACGAAGAAAUAGAAUUAGCAAUCUUCAACGCACUUCUCUGCUGCCUACUAAUGGUUAUGCCGUUCAAACUGCCUCAACAAAUGGCUGAUUGUGCUGAAAUCACUUUCUCAACUAAUUUUCACCUAUUCUUUCAUUUAUGACAAACAUUUGACAAGGUUUCUGUCUUGGUUUAAUCACCUGUAAGAAAUUAAUGAAAAGGAGAGAUCAUUCUGGUGCUUGUAGAGUUGGUAUAGAGAUUCAAACUGCUGUCUGCAAUCGAGUCAUAUAACUCAUUGUGUAAAGUCAUCGAUGAUUUUUCAGU